AUGCGCAAUGGAAAGUUCGACACGGCAGACGAUGGGAACGGGGGAGGAAAUCGCAAUCAGUGCUGGAGCUAUUGCGGUCGCGGCAUAAAAAUUCAUGAGGCGCCUUGCCACCGAUGUGCUAAUAUCGAAACGCGCGAGGAAUCGGGAUUCCGGCAGCGGCAUGCAAAAGAGCGAACCGACAUGAGACUAGAGCCGGGACGAACGACCUCCAAGCUCGCGGGU